UGGGAGGAACAUGUGCUCACUACAUGUUCCCUGCUGUGACAGAGAAUAUCACUGUUUGUCCAGAAGCCCAUACAUUUUGGAGAACGAUACUGGCGUUGCUACCUGAGCUAAAGAGAGGAAAGGAAAAGGUUUGUGGUCAGCAUUUGAAAGGAGAAGAACUUUGUUUCAGUUAUGUGAGGGCGUGAGUCUUGCAUCUGGUCUUCUCACUGAAUUGUCUGAUUGUCCAUGCUUGAAGACAUUUGCGUUGGUUACGGAACUGGACAACAUGACAGACUAUUGAGGGUGGAACUAGCUUACUGACUGUGAGUAUCCUGCGGUCCUCUGGAACUCUAUAAAGGAGUUGAUUUGUGGAACUCUGUGAACCAAUGCAUUGAAAUGAUAUGGCUGGAGAGAUCCAUGCAAAGAGACGUAAUAAAUCUGGGAUCAGGAGAGUGCCUUCCACUGCUCUCAAUGCACCCAGAGUGCCAACAGUCAUGCUGACCAGCCACAGUGUUACCCUGGAUAAACGAGCCCUUCGACAAUUGGCCCUGCCUGCUCAUAUGUCUAAGAGACACUCCACAGGUAGCACAGGACAGGAGGCUGGAACAAUGCCAGAUUCACCUGCUGAUGUUAAAACCCAGCCCAGGUCAACUCCACCCACAAUGCCACCUCCACCCCCAGCUGUCAGUCAGGCAGUCAAUCGCAACGCAUCAUUCACACCUACAACAAUGCUGAACGGGAGCAGCCACUCUCCCACGGCGCUAAACGGAGCUCCCUCGACCCCCAACGGCUUCAGCAAUGGACCGGCCACCUCUUCUACUGCUUCUCUGCCCACCCAGCAGCUUCCCCCUGCCUGUGGAGCCCGACAACUCUGUAAGCUUAAGCGUUUCCUCACCACACUGCAGCAGUUUGGCAACGACAUCUCGCCCGAGAUAGGAGAACGUGUACGCAGCCUGGUUCUGGGGCUAGUGAACUCAACUCUAACUAUUGAAGAGUUCCACUCCAAACUUCAGGAAGCCACAAACUUUCCCCUGCGUCCCUUUGUCAUUCCAUUUCUCAAGGCUAACUUGCCCCUCCUGCAGAGGGAGCUUCUUCACUGUGCUCGGAUUGCUAAGCAGACCCCAGCACAGUAUCUGGCCCAGCACGAACAGUUGCUGCUGGAUGCCAAUGCCAGUUCUCCCCUGGACUCCUCUGAGAUCAUGCUGGAACUCAAUGAGCAUGGCAAGAGACGUACCCCGGACAGGACCAAAGAGAUUGCAGGGGACAGGGAUGGCUUGCACGCGGAGCACCUGGCCAAACGUCCAUGCACAGUGAGCCCCAGUCAGCGUUUCAGCCCCAGCAGUGGUUUACCUUCUCACCCUCCCCCCAACGGCCUACCAACGCAUCCACCCAAUGGCCUUCCACAUCCUAACCCUCCUGCCCCACAGCAUUACCGUUUGGAAGACAUGGCACUUGCCCACCACUACAGAGACGCUUACAGACACGCAGAGCACAGGGAUGUCCGGGAUCGUCACCGGCAGACAGCCGUGCAUGGAGCACGUCAAGAGGAAGUGAUUGAUCAUCGGCUGACAGACCGCGAGUGGGCUGAGGAAUGGAAGCACCUCGAUAACUUGCUAAACUGUAUAAUGGAUAUGGUGGAGAAGACACGGCGUUCCCUCACCGUGCUGCGACGCUGCCAGGAGGCGGACCGCGAGGAGAUGAACCACUGGAUCCGUCGCUAUAGCGAUGUGGAGGAUAUGAAAAAAGGUGGGAGCUCCGCCCAGCGGCCUCCUCCUCUUCCUCCCCGCCACAACUCUUCCUCCUCCAACACUCCUAACAGCAAUGACACACAGCCGCUAGAAAUUCACAGAGACUUCCUGCACCGUCCCCCAUCAGGCUACCUGCCCGAAGAGAUCUGGCGGAAGGCUGGUGCUACAAGUAUCCCGCUCUCGCCAGCAUUAAAGCAACUUCAGAACAAGCAGGAGGAGGCAGUAAAUGAAGUGAAGAGACAGGCCAUGUCAGAGCUGCAGAAGGCAGUGUCAGAUGCUGAGAGGAAAGCUCACGAAAUGAUCUCUGCUGAGCGCUCCAAGAUGGAGAGAGCUCUGGCCGAGGCUAAGAGACAGGCCUCUGAGGAUGCGCUGACUGUCAUUAACCAGCAGGAAGACUCCAGUGAAAGCUGCUGGAACUGUGGUCGCAAGGCUAGUGAGACGUGCAGUGGAUGCAACACAGCGCGCUACUGUGGCUCUUUCUGUCAGCACAAGGACUGGGAGAAGCACCAUCACGUAUGCGGCCAGGGCCUGUCCGGAAGUAGCAGUGUACCACUCGGGACACCAUCUACCACCUCCAUCUCCUCGUCCAGCAUGCCCCCCACACACUCUGAGAGCACCCCUCCAGGCCCCCUGUCCCUGGUGGGGCAAACCAGUAGCAGUGGCAGUCCUAAAGAAGCCAGCUCCAGCAGCAUUUCUCGCUCAACUACUCCAGCAACACCUGCCCUGAUGGAUUCCUCAUCGCGCUGACUAAUGAACCACAAAUCUUAACCCAUGCUCAGCCACGUCUACUGCUGCUACAGCAUCCUUCACCCAAAACAAGCUGAGGAACCUCCACCAUAUUCAGCCACUCUCUACAAAUGAACUACGGCAUCCUGACUUCCACACCUGCAUUAAGAGCUUGUUUUCUCAGGCUCCAAAAAAAACCCAUCAAGGUUCAGAUUCCUUCACAAAAGGGUCUACUGCGUUUAAUUUAAAAUGAGCAGGGUCUGUUAUAUUGGAUGCCAACAAGAAAGCCAGGAAAACGUUACAUGUUUUAUUCAUGUAUAAAAAAAUUUUUAGGCAUAGCCUCAGUUACCUACACCCUUUAAGUGAGGUGCACUCUGUGUGAAUUGGGGUGGCACCAUACUCUGAACAUGUCUUGACCCAGGUAGGACUUAAUAUAUGUAGGAAAGUUUCCUCUGAGAUGUCAGUAAUGGACAAGAGCUCGUUGCCGCUCGGAAAAUCUUCCACAGAGCUACUUCCUCACAACAUGACAGAUUGCAUUUCAUUUUUUGGCUUUAAUUAACAAAAGAAAAGUCCAAAAAUCCAAAAGAAAUAAUGAUGACGAUAAGAAGAAGAAUAAAACCUGUUAACUACCUUGCUAGCGAGCCAAGAAAAUCUACACCAGACUCACCUCUCUGUACUGACGUGAACCCAAAUGAAUUUUAAGUGAAAAAAGAACAUGAUCCAAACCUUUUUACUACACUGCCAAAGUUACUAAGAAGCACUCAUCUUGUAACCAAACGCAAACAACUUCACCUCCUCAGCAGUAAAGCCAGCCCAAAGCUCUAAAGUCUGUGGAGAGGUGGCAUAGUGACUAGACACACAGACCUUCACUGUGCCCACUGUGCUACUCACUCAGAUCCUGAGGAACACCGACUUUAACCUGGAUCCAUCACUACGGUAAGGGAGGGUCACACCUGGGAUGUUUAAAGCACAUCACCCAGUUUGCCGCAAAGAGAAAUUACAUAAAAACAAAAGAGAAGGCGAGGAUGAGUAAACGAAGAGAGACACAUUGGCCUCAAAAGGAAAUACGAAUGGUAAUGGAACUGCCAAAAACCUCAUUGGAUUGUACACAAAGAAUGAGCCUGUUCUUCUCAAACAUUUUCGUUUGGUUUUCCUAAAUCUCUAUGAAUGCUGAGACAUUUCGUUUUGUUGUACGAUUUCAUUCACCCAUGUUUUCCAAAGCAUGACAAGACUGUAGAGUCUCACGAGACUGGCGUAGACUUGGUUCUCUUUUCUCUCGCUCUUUCUACCUCCCCCAAUCUUCUGUAUGUUCAUCCCUUUUGUCUCCUGACAGAACCUCUAAGCAGAUAUCCAUGAAGGGAUCAAACAUGGCUUGUAGAUAUUACUUUCUGUUUCUGGAUGUCUCUGUCUUCAAUAUCUGCUAGUGUGUGUACUCAGAAUGAGGAACGCGUUCUUUCUUUGUCUUCUUUUAGGUUUCAGCCGAACAUUGGACAGAAAAGGACACUCUAAUGGGAGAGAAACUGUGUUGUACCUAUUGUUCGAUUUGUUGUAUCAAUACUGAUGAUGAGAAUCCUCAUGUAGAAAAUUUUAUAUUGCUCGCAUUGUAAGACAGUGAGAGAACAAGAGGUGCAAUAUGAAAAGAGAAUUCAGCUACUGAAUGGAACCUCAUAAAUGGCCCUUAGGGCAUCUUAUAAUAUAAAUAUACAUAUAAAUAUAUCUAAAAUUACCACAGUAAAUUAAUGUGAAUGUACAUAGUAUUUAAAAAGAGGUCCAAAAAUGAGUUUGCCAAAUAACAGAAACAUUUAAAGUAUAAUGUCUAGAAUUUAAUUUCUCUCCAUUUAAUCUUUUCUGUCUGAAUGAUCAUUUUACAAUGUCUGUUGUAACAGUGGAGGAGGAAGUGGUGUUCACAUCACUGCUCGUGUCGAUAACUGCCUGAGGACUCUGCUUACCGGCAUGUUGGGAGAGACGUUUUUGUAGACAUAAAGGUGUCGAAACAAAUGGCAUCACAUUUUUACGACACACCAAACCACAAUAGACUGACCUAGCUCGCCCCUCUGAGAAGUUCCCAGAGGAGGGAAGCCGCUAGAAUCUGUGUGAAACAUUGCCAUCCUUUGGGCCAAAGUAUCACUGCAGUGGUCCAAUGUGUAAUUUGCACACACAAACACACAUGCAUGCACAUACAAUCUCAAAACCAAACCAAACCAUUGAUUACCCAUUAUCCAGCAAACACUAUCUGAUUUUGCUUAAGUACAUCAGGUUGUGAUCCAACAUAGCACCGAAACAUAACCCGUAUUUAUUAUAGUCUGGAAAAUAUCAAUAGAAGUUGCUGUGUGCAUCGAGCAAUCUCUGCUGAUCCCAACAUUCAUGUUCCUUAAGGGUUGUUUGUGAUGGCAGUUACAAUAGACAGGACUACCCCUCCAUGUAAAAAUACUUAAGAUUUUGCCACCAGCUUACACUUGCAGCCCUGUUUACUGCCUUUGUUUUGGUCAGUUAUCAUUUUCUGCUGUCUAAUUGAAUCGCCAGUUUGGUUAAUUACUUGGCGUACUUCUGAUAUGGACCAAACUUGAAAGGCCUGCUUGUUACUCAUUCUAUUUUGGUGUUGCCUUAGGCAUGAGGUGGGUUGAUGGUUUAAUUUUUCAAAUGGCAUAAGCGAAUGAUCUAUUACCCGAUUUCGAAAGUAGUUUAUGAACUCAUCCAGAAAAUAACAGCAACACAUGAUCACGAACCAGUGAAUUACGAGAGCUCCAGUCUGAUGAAGUAGGUUUCUCUCUCUCUUCCUACAAUUUGAGAAUUUUUCAUACACCAUCCUACUUUUCCUUACUAGCUACCUCCUGUACACAAACCCAAGACAGUUUGAAUGAAUGAAACUAGCAGACAUGCAAAUAUAUCAUCCUGCUCAAAGUACAUUUCAGCAUAGAAACUCAAAAACCUUUUUUUGAAUAUAUGUUUUGUUCACAUUUUCAAGUCUAUACAAGUGAUGGGCCAACAAAGUCCUUUUUCCAUGGGAUGUUAUACAACAUGUUAAGCCAAAAACACUCUGCAGAAGGACGUAGCAAUGCACCCUUGUGUUACUGUUGUGUUACCGCGGCAGUAACAAACCUCAGUUCUCAAGGUUGUGAUGAAGUUUCUUUCAAAUGUCUGCCGUUAAAUCGGGUGUGUUAUUAUUCUGGUUGCUAAAUGUUGACAGUUGAAACCAACUUAAACUAACUUGCACAGCAAAAUAUCUUUAAACUGUUGCUCUGCCAUUACUUCAGUUAAUCUGACUGUACAGUAGAAGAGUGUUUACAUUCAUGCCCGCUAUAGUGCCCCCUUUGGCAACUCUUAGAAUUGUGUCAUGAACUGUGUUCUGAUACAUUGGGAAUGCAACGAGUAAAAAUUGAGCUAGCAUAGUUGUAGUAGCUUAGAAUGUUUUGAGCCCAGAACAUAAACAUAUCUCAUAAAUAUCCAAAACGAUAAAAGCACAGACCAAAGCAUAACUAAGCAUCCAUAGAAGCCGUUUGGACAUUGCGUUGCCUAAAAAAAGCCUGGGUGAGCGGCAAUGUCCAUAAACCAAAGUGUUCAAAAAAGACCAUACUGAAAGCACAAGACGACAGUAUACACAUCAUCGGUACUAUAAUUCCAAGCCAGGGGAGUGCUUGUUCCUGGCAUCCAAAGCAUUAGAUAAGAUUACAAAUGCUUCUCUAACAUUUAAGCCAAACUUGCUUAAAGAUUUCAUUAUGAGAAUGAAUGAGUGUGAGUGA